UAUGACAUGGAAGACGGAUUCAUCGCCGCGUCAGACGACGAUGAAAGCAUAGAGGAGGAUAACGAUGACGACCAGGACGACCUGCUAGACGACGGCGAUGUCGACUUUGAGCGUCCGCGUCCCAAGCGCAAGAGAACGCCUGACGAUGAUGAUGACGCCGAGGGUGAGCCUGAUGACGAUGCUCCUGCGGCUUCUGGUGAUCACAACCGUCGGCGUGUGCGUCGUGUUGUCUCUGACGAUGACGACGAUGAGUGA